UCAUAAAAAUAUGAAAAUGGAAUCUAAAAAGAAUUUCUAUUUAUGCAAACGCAACCUUAGAUACAGCUCUAUUGAAGAAUACGCAGGGCACGGAUGACUCAAAUACAGUGACGAAGGAACAGGAAGAACCAGUGAGCAGCCAUGACAACGUCUUCGUUUUCGCGCAACAAAUACUGGGUUUUGAGACACGGAAAGAGCAUUCCAAACGAAAGGGGCCGUAUAGUUUCCUCCAUGGAAAAUGGCAUGCUUUCUGAGUACCAGUUAGCACCUGAAGGGGUCAAUCAGGCAGAGUUGGCUGGAAAAUCAUUCCUAAAGGAAUUGAAGGAAAAUAACAUUCCACUUGAAAAUGUCCGGAUUUGUUACUCUCCAUUUGCAAGAACAAGUCACACAGCGAAAGUCGUUGCAUCUGCUUUGAACAUUCCAUUUGAUGGUCCUCAAUGCAGGGUGAUAGAAGAUCUUCGGGAACGUUAUUUUGGUCCUUCAUAUGAACUUAUGUCACAUGAUAGAUAUACGGAAAUAUGGGCUCUGGAUGAAAAGGAUCCUUUCCUGCGGCCAGAAGGUGGAGAAAGUGUUGAUGAUGUUGUUGCUAGGCUUGCAAGUGCUGUGGCCACUAUGGAGUCAGAAUACCAAGGAUGUGCAAUACUGGUUGUCAGCCAUGGUGAUCCCCUACAAAUCUUGCAGACAGUAUUCACUUCAAUUUCACAACAGGAGGAAUCCAAUUCCAAGGAUUUAGCAUCAAGAAUUCAAGCAGUCAGAAUCCCUUCCAUCCUGUCACAACAUAGGAAGUACGGAUUGCUUACAGGAGAACUUCGGUCAGUUAUAUAACAAAGCCUUUUGAGACAGUCAGUAUUGAUUCAAGUGUCAGCUACUUAAGUUAUUUUCACAGCCAAAGCUGAAAAUUUUGCCAGCUUUUUAUGGUUUGAUGAUUUAACUGAUUUUGACAUGACGAAGAUCCAGUCAUGUUCGAUUAUAAAUUAUGCUUUUAGAAACUAGGGAAAAUUAUAUCAAAACAGCAAUGUUCUUUAAGCAUACAAUGCCUAGGCACAUUGUCUGGAAUUCUGAGAAAAAUGAUCUUUUUGGCUUGACCAAUGUACUCAUUUUUUCCCUUUCUCUAUAUGUUAACAGGGGCUUUGUCUUCUCUUUU